UGCAGCCGUUUCCCAUAUUGAAGUGAAACGGGAAACGAGAAGUACGUAUGGGGUGAAUAUAAGCGAGCCCUUCUCCGCCAUUCGACGGGUCCAAUGCAUCGAUCAAACGAUUCCUCGUCCAUGGCUUCCGAGUUGAACGAGAACCGGACGCUACUGCUCGCCGGAAGUUCGUCGGACUCCGACUCCGAACGCGCCUUCGAGGAAGAAGAGAAGGUCAUCAUCUCCAUCACCUCUGAUUCCGACGCUGAUGCUGACUCGCCUCCCCCCUUCUCAUGGAGCAAGCUCUGGCGGUUCACCGGCCCCGGAUUCCUCAUGUGCAUCGCCUUCUUGGACCCGGGAAACCUCGAGGGGGAUCUUCAGGCCGGCGCCAUCGCUGGCUACUCGCUGCUUUGGCUCCUCCUCUGGGCCACUGUCAUGGGACUCUUGAUUCAGCUUCUCUCGGCCAGGCUUGGUGUUGCCACUGGUCGCCAUCUUGCUGAGCUUUGCAGGGAUGAGUAUCCGAAGUGGGCGAGUGUGACGCUGUGGUUGAUGGCGGAGCUGGCGCUGAUCGGGGCUGAUAUACAGGAGGUGAUCGGGAGUGCGAUUGCGAUCAAGAUUUUGAGCGGCGGGGCUGUGCCCUUGUGGGCUGGGGUUCUUAUCACUGCGUUUGAUUGCUUCAUCUUUCUGUUUCUUGAGAAUUAUGGAGUUAGGAAAUUAGAAGCCCUGUUUGGGAUUUUGGUCGGGACAAUGGCCGUCUCCUUUGCUAUAAUAUUUGGUGAAACCAAGCCGAGUGGGAAAGAACUUCUAGUUGGUGUCUUGGUACCAAAACUUAGUUCGAGAACCAUUCGACAAGCAGUUGGAGUUGUUGGUUGUGUCAUUAUGCCUCACAAUGUGUUCUUGCAUUCUGCUCUUGUGCAAUCGAGAAAGAUCGACAAUACUAAGAAAAACCGUGUUCAAGAAGCAAUGCGGUAUUAUUCAAUAGAAUCUACCAUUGCUCUUGUCAUCUCUUUUGUGAUCAAUGUGUGUGUGACAACUGUUUUUGCCAAUGGUUUCUAUGGUACUCCUGAAGCUAACAAUAUAGGCCUUGAAAAUGCUGGCCAGUAUCUUAAGGAUAAGUUUGGAGGAAGGCUUUUCCCUGUUCUUUAUAUAUGGGGAAUUGGAUUGUUAGCAUCUGGGCAAAGUAGCACCAUUACUGGUACUUAUGCCGGUCAGUUCAUUAUGGGGGGAUUUCUUAAUCUACGUCUGAAGAAGUGGGUGAGAGCAAUGAUUACUAGAAGCUUUGCAAUUGUGCCAACUAUCAUUGUUGCUCUCUGUUUCGAUACUUCUGAUGAUGCAUUAGAUCAGUUCACUGAGACGCUUAAUAUACUCCAAUCAGUUCAGAUCCCAUUUGCUCUCAUUCCACUGCUCAUUUUAGUAUCAAAGGAGCAAGUUAUGGGAGUUUUUAAAAUCAGUAAUGCUAUGAAGAUUUUGACAUGGGCCAUCGCGGCAUUCCUAAUCAUCAUCAAUGGCUAUCUUCUGCUGGAUUUCUCCACCACCCAAGUGCACGGUUUGGCACUCAUCUCCAUUCUCUCCGUUGUAUUAGUAGUAUACGUUGCAUUUGUCAUAUACCUCAUCGUUCAAGGUACCGGGUUAUGGUCUAGACUCAACUCUGCAGUCUGUAAGGGCUCUAGCAACUAGUCUGAAACAAAGAGCUCCAGUGUUUCAUCCCAACUGAUUCAUCCUUUUCAGAAUGUAAAUCAUCAUCAUUCAUGAACCUCUUUAUUGUUGAACAACAUUUCUCCAUUGUAGUGUGUUAUCUUUUGCUGAAGAAACUGGCUCAUGUACACGAGGAAAUGAUAUCAUUGGUAUACUACACAACUAAGCCUUUGAUUUGUUUAGUUUUAGGGUGAACAACUUACACGGUCACAUCUUUUUAUGUGUUUC